AUGGCUAGCUCCAUAGUACUGUUGUUGCUCCUCAUUGCUUUGGCUCUUCUAUCUGUAUCCGCUAAUCUUGUUAGCAUCGAUUGUGGGUCAUCGGAUUCCUACACAGAUGAAAAUUCAAUAAAAUGGGUAGGAGACGACGACUUUGUUCAAAAUGGCAAGUCCCAAGUGGUGCAAACCACCAAUGGAGUGUCUCAUGUAAUGGGCACCUUGAGGGUGUUUUCAACUAGGAAAAAAAACUGUUACUCCAUCAAAGCAGAAAAGGGCUCUCAAUUUCUUGUGCGUGCAAGUUUUUAUUAUGGAAACUAUGACAAAAAGUCAGCUCCUCCUAGCUUUGAUCUUCAAUUGGAUGGAAACUAUUGGGACACCAUUCAAACUUCAGCUGAUGGUGUUGUGUAUGAUGAAGUUAUAUAUAUCACGAAAGGUGAUUCUAUAGAGCUUUGUCUUGCCCAGACGCAGCCCAACCAGCUUCCGUUCAUAUCCGCGAUCGAGAUCCGGGGCUUGGCCUCGGAAAUGUACAAUCAUGUCGAUUCGGAAUAUGCCAUGCUUCUGACAAGAAGGGUUGCUUAUGGUGCAACUGAAGCUAUAAGGUAUCCAAGUGAUGAUUUUGAUAGGAUUUGGGAUGCAGUGGAGGUUGGCAAUGGACUAGUAAAAGUCACAACUGAUGCACAAACUAUUGAUACAUCUGUGCCUGAUCAGCCUCCUGUAGCUGCUUUCCAGUAUGGAAUAACAACCUCAAAAACAUCUGAAGCAAUACUUCUGGUCACUGAUCUUCCACCCGUUGAAGUUCCCAUCUACAUCAUCAUGUACUUCUCCGAAGUAACCGUACUUGAUUCGACUCAAACCCGAUCCUUCGAGAUCUACAUCGAUGGCAAGUCUCACUUCGACCCCAUUGUUCCAGUCUAUGGAAGUGUCGUUGAGAUGUCCAUUACCAACAUAAGUGCUUCUUCAAACACCUCCUUCUCUUUGGUGGCUACUUCGGACUCGACGCUUCCUCCUUUGAUCAAUGCCAUGGAAGUUUAUUAUGUCAGCAGUCCAAUCACGGAUGGAACUGAUAGCAAAGAUGUGGCAGGUUUAGCUACGUUGCAAGAUAAGUUUAGCAUACUACAGGAAUGGACUGGUGACCCAUGCCUCCCGUCCCCAUUUACAUGGGAUUGGGUCAAUUGUUCUGCUGGCGACACACCCCGCGUCACAGCACUCUAUCUGAGUGGCUUUGGUCUUUCUGGGCAACUCCCAGAAUUCAGCUCCUUGGAUGCUCUUCAGACAAUAGACUUGCACAACAACAGCUUGAGUGGAUCCAUUCCUGAUUUUCUUGGCACCUUGCCUAAUCUAAAACAAUUGAAUUUGGCAGACAAUAAACUCAGUGGACCCAUACCAACCACAAUUUCAAACAAUAACAAGCUGAAGUUAGUGUCGUCAGGCAACCCUAAUCUGUGUGUCUUUGGUGGGUCCUGUAAGACAAUAGUUGAUAACAGUGGAGGCCCUUCUUCUGGUAGCAGCAGCAAGAAAAAAAGCAGCAAGCUACCAUUAAUUCUUGGAAUUGCAAUUCCAGCUUUCUUUGUUUUCUGGGUUAUUGUGGUGAUCUUUGUCUGUGCUAUGAGCCAAAGUAAAAGGAGAAGAGCAGCUGCCAUAGCAGCAACCAAUGCAGGACAAAACGGUAGGGCCAACAUGCCUAAUGGCCUACCACCACAAGGAGCACCAAUGAACCCACAGAUGUUGGGUAAAUUUGGAGAAGUUAUGAUGAAUCAGUUUGCAGGCAAUGAUGAAGACCGUGGAACACCAGAGCAAGGAACACCUGAGCAAAUAAGAAAUCAACAGGUUGAAGAAAGGCCACUACAGUAUUGAGUUGCUCAAGUUCCCUUUUGUUUACAUAGUUGUUAUUGAGCCAAAAUUGUAUUCAUGAUUAGUUGUGUUUGAAAUUUCUUAAAUAUGUUUUC